GACUGCAUGGAGGUUAGACACGGCCAUACUUAUCGUUAGCCAGAGUCACAGAGUCACGUUUAAUCAUGGACCCCCGUACCAGUGCCCAGGACGUGAUGCGAUGUGACCUGUGUGAGACCGCUGUGGUACAGAUGCACUGUGAUACAUUGUCUUGUCAACCUGUGUAAGGCCUGUGUGGGAGAACAUGCUACAGCUGACUCCUCUAAACCUCAUAAAAUUGUACAUUUCAAGGACAGAAAUUCUACCCCUCUUUCUCCUGGAUGUACCACUCAUGAUGGACAACAAUGUACCAUGUACUGUAAACAAUGUGGCAUUCCAGUUUGUACAAAGUGCAUUGCAUCUGAUCAACAUCUAGGUCAUAAAGUAUCAGAAAUCUUGGAAGUUGCGAAUGAGAAAAAGAAUAAAUUCAUGAAAGAACAAACUGAAUUGACAGAAACGAUCUAUCCAAUCUACCAGGACAUUGCCUCUGAUGUACAAAACAGAAUGAGUCAGUUAGAAAAAGAAUAUGGAGAUCUCUCAACAGCCAUAACAAAACAUGGAGAGGACUGGCACAGAGAAAUUGACAAACUUGUCCAGAAACUUAAAGCUGAAGUUGAUGAGAUGAAAAACACACAGUUACAAACUCUACAGAAACAUCUGGAUGAAAUAAAUAAGACAAUGUCUGACAUCAAGGAUGAAAUCAAUUCAAUGGAACAUGCAAUAGACACCAAUGACUUGUCAAAACUAUUUAGUGUCAUGCCUAAUGUACACACAUACAGAAAUCUUCCACAAAAAAUUGUUCCAUCUUUACCAAAAUUCAUUCCAGCAAGAAAACAAGGAGAAGAACUUAGUAAAAUGUUUGGUACCUUAUCAUCGAGUUCUUUUUCUUCAGAUAAACAUGGCUACAGCAUGAAGACAACACAGAAAUCACCAGAAGCUGGAUCCUCUCCUCCCGUCAAACAGCUGCUUGAUGAAUCAGAGACAGUCACCACCAUAGACACUGGGUAUCGAGAAUACCUUUACAAUGUGGCCUGUCUGAGUGAUGAAGAAAUCUGGACAAGAGGAGAUGACAACACCAUGAAACUCUUCAGCAUCAAUCAGGGAUCAGAACUCAAGUCAAUCACAACCAAGUCAGGGAACACACCAUGUGACAUAGCAGUGACAAAAAGUGGAGAUCUAGUUUAUACUGAUUAUGAUGAUAGAACUGUGAACAUUGUGAAGAAUGAGAAGAUAGAGGAGGUGAUCAGACUACAGAACUGGAAUCCUAAAGGUGUCUGUAGUACCUCCUCUGGUGACCUCCUGGUUAUCAUGGAAAGUGAUGAUAACAAACAAACAAAAGUUGUCCAUUACUCUGGCUCCACAGAGAAACAAACCAUUCAGUUUGAUGAUAAAGGUAAACCUCUCUAUUCAUCUGGUUAUUAUUACAGAUACUUAACAGACAACAGGAACCUGGAUAUCUGUGUGUCUGACAGUGGAGCUAAAGCAGUAGUAGUAGUGGUCAAUCAGGCUGGGAAACUGAGAUUUAGGUACACUGGACAUACUCCUGCUCCAAAGAACCAACCAUUCUAUCCACGAGGAAUCACCACAGACAGUCAGAGUCACAUCCUUACAGCUGAUAUUGACAAUGACUGUGUCCACAUCAUAGACCAGGAUGGACAGUUCCUCCGUUACAUAGACUGUGGACUGAGUCUUCCCCGGGGACUGUGUAUAGAUACAAAUGACAAUCUGUUUGUUGCUCAAUAUAGAAACAGAAAAGUGAAGAUGAUCAAAUAUCUGCAAUGAAAUCAAUGACCAAUUUAGAUUACAAGUGAGAUAAAGACACACGAGACAUUUUUAAAAGAAAGGAAGUGAAUAUUUCAAAUGGUCGAAAUUUAUGACAGGACAUGUCUUUUGGAUGAGACUUUAAUGAGAAGAUCAAGGACUUAGAAUCACUCUUCUGAUAAAUUCUACAACCCAAGCUCAUCUAUCAUUGUACAGCUCUAUGUCUUUCUAUUCUAUGCCAUUUAGUAUCCUUGCUAAAUAUUUCAAUAAAGCCUGAAAAUUCCGAAAGUAUGUUACCCUGUUUUACUUUAAGGUUAACACAGUCUGAGAACCCAUGAUGCAUUAGCUGACAAAGAAUGUUGAUUCUUAGCCUCUUAUCAUCUGAAAUAUUCGAUAUAUCCAAGAAAUUCCAAGAGCAGGUCACUGUGACCUAUUUUUUGUUGACAUAUCCAAGGAUAAAUCAACAAAAUUUGCUGAUCCUAAGCCUCUUUGUGACCUAGAUUUAAGACAUAACUAAAAAAAUUUCUAGAAUUAGGUCAAUAGGCCUAAAUUUUAGUUGAUCUAAAAAGCAUCAACUGAAAACUGAUACAAAAAAUUGAUUUUAAGUACUGUAAAUCACUUUUUAUUCACAAGAACUUUACUUUUGCAUAAUGAUGCAAGACUGUCUGUUCACAAAAAUUUUGUUGUUGCAUGCGUAUAGAUUUUCUAGCUUAGCUUAUGUAAAGCAAUUACCAGAAUUUGAGAAAAUGCUGUGCUGUUUAUAAGUACCAUGUACAUAUCUUAUAAGGUUUUGUGAAAUUU